AUGUACAAAGAUUAUAAUAAACAUUAUGGGCUCUGCAAUAAUAUAGGCUGUAAGGCAAAAACGGGAAUAGCAGGAUACAUAUGCGAAGGGUCAAAUGGAUGUUACUUUGAAAGAGUUGUUACAAAGGUCGGUGACCUCAAUUGCAAGAAUGACAACGACUACUUCACCCUUUAUCUGACAAUCGCUGUUUUGGCAGGAUUCUUGUUUGUAAUCUUGGUAAUCCUUUUUGGAGUUUUCAGACAACAGAAGAAACAAAAAAAAGAUGCAAGAAAAGAAACUGUUAUACAGAAUCAACAUGACUACGGAGAAAGCUUGCUGUUGAAUGCUUUGAAAGUCGGUGCCCAGCUUAGCUUAGCGGCGGGAAGUAAGAAAAACGAAAGUGAGCCGUCUGUCCAACAGGAGGGUGUAUAUACCGCGCUGUGUUCAGAGACAAUGAUGACUUCUGGUGAGGAGGGUUCCCGCACGUACACUUCACUUGUGAAAUCAAGAGAAGAAGACAGCGAAACUGAUUAUGUGCAUCAAAUACCUGCGCCUGAGUAUGUCAAUGCCUAAGUGGAUUGUUUAUAAGACGGUAGCGGGCUAAUCCAUAAAGCUGAAGUAAACAAAAUUUGAUAGUAUGUGUCUUUGCAAAGCCAUAAAACAAGAAAUUCUAUUGCCAUUGUUGGAUUAAUAGUGGUUUGAGCAACCCUGUCCUUGAUUUAUGUUCUAUGUAAAUGUUGCUCUUCGAAGCAAUCUCAUCUUUUCACGCGUUUGCUUGAGUACAAAUUUGCAAAGCUGUGAUGUCAUUUCAAUAAGUGCAGGAUCAAUGCUAACUGUUCGGUGAAACUAACAAAAAAAUGAUAAACAGUUUUUUAUCUUGUUUAUCGAAUACAUGUGCAGUCGUGGUAAUUACUGAUGUAUGCAGAGAGAUUCCCUUGAUGGAUUCCUUCCCUUUAAGUACAGUUUGA